AAAAUAAAGUGUGCACAAAAUCUGAACUCAGGACUUGUUUGCGUGAUUAUUGUAUGAACUUGAGCCGAUUGGCGAGCCCACCAGUAAACAGUUGACACCGCCACCGCCACCGCCGUCGCCGAUGGCGGAAGAAGAGGUGUUGGCAGAAGUUGAGGCAGUCCAGGCGGUGUACGGGGACGAUUGCCUAGUCAUCGAAGCCUAUCCUCCCCAUCUCCACGUUCACCUUAAGCCGCGAACAGCUGAUGUCUCCUCUCAACAGUUUGUGGAAGCAACUAUUGGCAUGAAGGCUGGUCCUCAGUAUCCGGUAGAGCCUCCAAAGAUUAGUAUUAUUGAUUCCAAGGGUCUCGAUGAGCAGAGACAGAAGCAUCUUACUGCUAGCAUUUGUGAAAAAGCUUUUGAACUUGCCUCAUGUCUAAUGCUUGUGGCACUUUGUGAGGAAGCAGUGGAGAGGCUCUCUGGUAUGAACCACCCAGAUGGAAACUGCCCAUUAUGUUUAUAUCCAUUGCUUGAUGAAGAUGCUCGUUGCAAUUCAUUACCAUUUAUGAAGUUAAUGUCUUGUUUCCAUUGCUUUCAUUGUGAUUGCAUAAUCAGAUGGUGGAAUUGGACCCAGGUGCAAAGUGAAAAGGACAUUACUAGUUCGUCAUCUUCAACUUCUCGGAUUAUGCAAGACCAACAAGCCAUGCACAGAAUGAUGGAAGAAAGUAUGGGGAAGUGCCCGGUGUGUCGUAAAGUUUUUCUUGCCAAGGAUAUUGAACACGUGCUAGGCUUGGUUGGCACUGGUAGCUAUUUGGAUUCCAAUGGGAUCCAGAUUGAUGAAGACAUCCUUCAUUCCGAUUCUGAGAAGAUCAGGAGACAAAAAUUUGAGGCCAUAUUAAAUCUCCAGCAAGAAAAUAGUGGCUUGAUUGAACCCAAAAAAACAGAGGUCUUAUUACCGGGUAUGUUUCUUCCCCAGCCGGUUGCCGUACCCCCAACUAAACCCGAUGUGGUACCCAACAAGUCACAAAACAAAGAUGAAGCACCCAAAUCCGAUACCAAACCAGGAAGUUCAUUCAACAGGCCUGGCUCCAGGAAGCACAACAGUUCUACCAUGAGGAAGCACAGGACACAAAAUUCAAGUAAACAAUUAUAUACAGAAACAUGUCAGCGAAAAGGAUGGUUUCAGUUUUAAGUGGAGGCAGUGAGAUUUCACUUAUUAAUGGAUUCCAUCAGCAUCAAAGUAGAGGUCAUAUCCAUCAUUCUUGUCUGCAUUUCACCAGACACCAAAAAGGUGACAUAAUAACCGAAUCCAACGAAGUUCCUGCUUACAUUUUGGAAGGUAAUGCUUUUGUCCUCUUCAAAGCUUUACUGACAAUGAAGUUUGAUUGACAUUGUGCAUCAUUGUUGAUUGCACUGAAUUGUAGACCACAACGUUGGGUUUGUAUGUGCUACACUGCUUUCUGUGUGAAUGUAAUGAGAUUGGCAG